CCCCUCACCAGGUGUUUCUGUGGGAACAGAAUAAAAAGGACUUGACACAAACCACAGGCUGGCCCCGAUUCUUGCCUGCCUGCAGUCUGGGGUACGGGCGAUCGGGACGCCUGCCAUGGUGGGGGAGGCUGGAAUGGGUCUAGUUGUCACCGAGCACUGUUGAGCUCUGCCACUCACAGCUGGGCUGGUGGGAUAGGGGCUCCCUGUGGGCAUCAAGGACCCGAUCCCACCUGCCUGGCCAGGGCUCCCAAGGGUCCAAUCCCUGUUGGCAAGGCUGCUGUGGGCACCAGUGAUUCAGUCUCGUCCCCCUGACCAGGCUGCUCAGUUCAAUGGGCCCGCGAUGGCCCGAUAUCCCCCAGCCAGGCUGCUGGGCUGGGGAUCCCUGUGCCUCUCAAAGGGCUCGAUCCCCCCGGUCCUGCAUAUGGAGCCCCUGUUCUGCAGACACCCGGUGGGUAAACCACCCCUGGGCGACCCAGAGGCUGCGGGGCCGCGGUCUGUCCCCCGGCUGCGGCCUCAGAGGGGCCCCCGCGGGCGAUCCGGUGGCUGGGGACGGCGGCCGCGACACGUCGGGGGCGCGGGGGACCCCGCUGCCCGCGGCUGCAGCGCCGCCCGCGCCCACCGGGAGGCGCUUCAAAGCGGGAGGUGGCCCGAGCGCCGCAGCCAAUGGGAGGUGCCGCAGGCCGGCGGCCCCGCCCCAUCCCGGAAGUGCCGAGCCUGGCCCCGCCCCCCGCCGCGAGGACAUGGAGCCGCCGGUACAGUCACGUGUGGAGGAGCUGUCGGAGCUGUACCGAGAGCUGAGCCAGCACCCGGGGCUCAGCACCGCCUGCCUCGGCCCCGACCUCACCACCCAGUACGGGGGCAAGUACUGCAGCCUCUACACCGAGUGGUCGCAGCGGGACCUGGCAAGGGUUGAGAACAUCAAGUUCUGCCGUCAGUACCUCAUCUUCCACGAUGGAGCCUCCAUUGUCUACUCGGGGCCCGCUGGCACCUGCUCUGAGAUCAAGGACGAGCUGCUGAGCCGGGAGUCCCCCAGUGGGAUGCUGAAGGCUGUCCUGCGCAAGGUCCCUGGCAAGGAGAAGGAGAAGCAGUUCCUGGAGGUCUGGGAUCAGAACCGGAAGGUGAAGAGCAUCGACCUGACAGCGCUGGACAAGCAUGGCAGUGUCUACGAUGAUGACCAGUUUGGGUGCCUUGCCUGGUCUCACUCGGAGACCCACCUGGUCUAUGUGGCGGAGAAGAAGCGUCCCAAGGCUGAGUCCUUCUUCCAGAGCAAAGCCCCCGAGCUGGGCACCUCUGAUGAGGACACAGGGCACCCUAAGAAGGAGGAUGCACCUGUCAAGGGCGAGCAGUUCGUGUACCACGAGGACUGGGGGGAGACGCUGAGCACCCGCAGUGUGCCCGUCCUCUGCGUCCUGGACAUUGAGGGCAACAGCAUCUCGGUGCUGGAGGGCAUCCCAGAGCACCUCUCUCCCGGCCAGGCUUUCUGGUCACCUGAGGACACUGGUGUGGUGUUCGUGGGCUGGUGGCAUGACCCCUUUCGCCUGGGGCUGCGAUACUGCACGAACCGCCGGUCAGCUCUCUUCUACGUGGACCUGACGGGCGGGAGAUGUGAGCUGCUCUCUGAGGACUCCAGGGCUGUGUGGUCACCACGACUCAGCCCCGAUGGCUGCCGCAUUGUCUACCUGGAGAACAAUGUCCUGGGCCCCCACCAGCAGUGCAGCCAACUCCGCAUGUACGACUGGUACACCAAACACACUAGCACGGUGCUGGAGGCUGUGCCACGGCAAGCAUGGGGUGCCUUCCCGGGAAUCUACUGUGGCGCACUGCCAGGGAUGUGCUGGGCAGCCGACAGCCGCAGGCUCCUGCUGGACACGGCCCAGCGCAGCCAGCAGAAUGUGUUCGUGGUGGACACAGCAACAGGCGCCACAACUUCGCUGACAGCUGAUUCACCCCCGGGAAGCUGGUCUGUCCUCACCAUCGACCGGGACCUCUUGGUGGCCAGGUUUUCCACCCCUAGCUGCCCCCCCAUGUUGGUAAAGUCAUGUCCCCAGUGCCCACCAGCCCCUUGGCAUGGGCACUGCCCCCUGUCCCCAGUGCCCACCAGCCCCUUGGCAUGGGCACUGACCCCUCUCCCUGCUCAGAAAGUGGCAGUCCUGCCCGCCGCCGGCCAUGAGGCACAGACACAGUGGAUCUGCCUGCAGGAUGCCCCCCCUGUGCCCGGCAUCAGCUGGGGCAUCCACACCCUGCAGCCCCCAGCAGAGCAGGAGCAUCCCCAGUACAGGGGCCUGGACUUCGAUGCCAUCCUGAUGCGCCCAAGUGAGGGUCCCACUGGCCAGAAGCCCCCCUUGGUUGUGAUGCCCCAUGGUGGUCCUCACUCUGUCUUCACGGCCGGAUGGAUGCUGUACCCGGCGGCGCUGUGCCGUGUGGGCUUUGCCGUGCUGCUGGUGAAUUACCGCGGCUCGCUGGGCUUUGGCCAGGACAGCGUGGCCUCCCUGCCAGGCAACGUGGGCACACAGGACGUACACGAUGUGCAGCUCUGCGUGGAACGGGUGCUGCAGGAGGAGAUGCUGGAUGCUAGCCGAGUGGCACUGGUCGGCGGCUCGCAUGGGGGCUUCCUGGCGUGCCACCUCAUCGGGCAGUUCCCUGACACCUACCGUGCCUGUGUGGUCCGCAACCCCGUGGUGAACAUCGCCUCCAUGGUGACCACCACUGACAUCCCAGAUUGGUGCCUGACAGAGACAGGGCUGCCCUACAAACCUGAUGCCCUGCCAGAUCCAGCCCAAUGGACAGAGAUGCUGCACAAGUCACCCAUACGCUAUGUUGACCGGGUCCGUGCACCUGUGCUGCUGAUGCUGGGGGAGGACGACCGGCGUGUGCCCCCUAAGCAGGGUCUGGAGUAUUACCGUGCCCUCAAGGCCCGGGGGGUGCCCACACGGCUGCUCUGGUACCCAGGGAACAACCAUGCGCUGGCUGGCGUCGAAGCCGAAGCUGAUGGCUUCAUGAACACGGCGCUGUGGCUGCUCAAGCACCUGCAGUGCUAAGGGUGCUGACCCCUGCUGCUAACCCUCAAUAAACGAUGUAGUUCAGCACCAG